UGUCUUUUUCUUCUUAUUCUGCUGCAGGUCAGGUCAGAUAAAACAAUGAGUGAUUAAACCACCCUCCUAAAUGCAGCUGUUUCCACAUUUCUUGGAGAUCACCUCCCCUCCUCACAGGACCCCCGUCGGUCCCCGGACCCCAGAUUGGGCACCACUGGUUUUAAGCCAUCCCUCUCUGCAGGCUCCAUGCUACUAUUGUCUAACAGGAGAGCGGGCUAUUUGCAAAAUAAAGGUGGCCCACUAUCCGGACUUAGCCGCUAUACGUGGGCUGAUGCAUACGAGCAGGGUUAGGGUGUGAACGCGAAGCUUUCAAUGAGCGGGUUGAAUCAGCGGUAGUCUCGUGUUUUCCCCCCACGGACAGCGUCGGCUUCUCGGCGGUCGGAUGCUGGAAGUUCUCGCCGAUAAGGGAGCACGUCGGGCUCGUGGAGGAAAAAAGGGAGACGGGACGCUUGAGGAAUUACUCCGCGUUGGGAUACAGCGGGUCUCCUCUCCGGCUCCAGGGAUCCGCACUCACCGUGCUGAGAGGCGACCAUGGAUCUCAGUAAAAUCGCUGUCAGCAUCAAUAAGGCCAUCAACACACAGGAGGUCGCUGUCAAAGAGAAGCAUGCCAGGACCUGCAUCUUGGGGACCCAUCAUGAGAAAGGCGCCCACACUUUCUGGGCGGCGGUCAACCGGCUUCCUCUCUCCAGCAACGCGGUGCUCUGCUGGAAGUUCUGCCACGUCUUCCACAAGCUGCUGCGAGACGGCCAUCCAAACGUGAUAAAGGACUCCAUGAGGAACAAGGCUGACUUAACUGAUAUGAGCAGGAUGUGGGGUCACCUGAGUGAAGGCUAUGGGAAGCUGUGCAGCAUCUACCUCAAACUGCUCAUCACCAAAAUGGAGUUCCACAUCAAAAACCCUCGGUUCCCUGGAAACCUGCAGAUGUCAAACCGACAGCUGGACGAGGCGGGAGAGAACGACGUGAACAACUUCUUCCAGCUGACAGUGGAGAUGUUUGACUACCUGGAGUGUGAGCUCAACCUCUUCCUGGGCGUUUUCAGCUCACUGGACAUGUCUCGGUCGGUGUCGGUGACGGCGGCGGGCCAGUGUCGCCUGGCCCCCCUCAUCCAAGUCAUCCUGGACAGCAGCCACCUGUACGACUACACCGUCAAGCUGCUGUUCAAGCUGCACUCCUGCCUUCCAGCAGACACUCUGCAGGGCCACAGAGAUCGCUUCCAGGAACAGUUUAAGAAGUUAAAGGGUCUGUUCUAUCGCUCCAGUAACUUGCAGUAUUUCAAGAGGCUGAUUCAGAUCCCACAGUUGCCUGAGAACCCGCCUAACUUCCUGCGUGCAUCGGCUCUGUCGGAGCACAUCAGCCCCGUGGUCGUGAUCCCCGCAGAGUCGUCGUCCCCCGAGUCGGAGCACGUGGUGGAGACGGACGACCUGGUGGACACGGACGUCCCCGCGCUGCCGCCUGCUUUGGAGACCAAGUUUGACGACCUGUUUGGCACCUCGGCUGCCAUUGACCCGUUCAACUUCAACAGUCAGAACGGUUUACGGAAGGACGACAAAGACCGUCUGAUUGAGCAGCUGACCAGGGAGAUCCAGGCCCUCAAAGACGAGCUGGAGUCUUUCAGACUGGAGAGUGGUCGCUUGUGUCAGGCUCUGAGGGGGCGUGUCAAUGAGCUGGAGGCGGAGCUUGCAGAGCAGAGCCACCUGAGGCUGCAGGCUGCAGGAGAGAGCGAGUUCCUGAAGGCGGAGCUGGACGACCUGCGGAGGGUCCGAGAGGACUCGGAGAAGGAGCAGCGGAGCCUGACGGAGAUAGAGAAAAAAGCUCAAGCCAAUGAGCAGCGCUACACCAAACUGAAGGAGAAGUACUCGGAGCUGGUUCAGAGUCAUGCCGACCUGCUGAGGAAGAACGCAGAGGUCACGCGGCAGAUGACGGUGGCUCGGGCAGCACAGGACGAAGUGGAUGUAGUGAGGAGAGAGAUGCAAGAGAAGGUGAAGGCCGCUCAGGAGGUUGCAGACAGACAGGAGCGGGACCAGCUGGAGCAGCUUCAGGAGCUGCAGAGAGAGCUGGUGUCCAGCAGGACCGAGCUGGACUCCCUGAAGACCACCAUGGCCUCGUCACAACAGGCUUCGAGUGAGGUGCUCAGCACCCAGCUGGUCGCCCUGGAGUCUGAGAAGGCGGAGCUGGUGCAGUCCUUGUCGAAGGUGGAGGCGGAGUUGGUGGUCCACGGGGAGGAGCUAGAGCGAGUCCAGAGCUCGUUGGCGACUGAGAGGGAGAGCGGGGUGAAGACAGCCGAAGCCCUGCAGAACCAGCUCAAUGAGAAGGAGAGCAGGGAGCAGGCGUUAGAGAGCCAGCUGGUUGCAGCUCGCUGGUCCAGCCUGCAGGGAGCUGUGGAGGAGGCAGAGAAGAUCAUCCAGGAUUCGCUGGCUCAGAUAGACGACCCGGCGCACAUCAGCUGCACCAGCUCCGCAGACUACCUAGCAUCCAGAUGUCAGGCCUCUUUGGACUGUAUGGACCGACUCCAUUCUGCCAGAGAGGCCUUCCUGGCUGACAACACAGGUGUGUCUGAGCUGGUACGAGUGGUGACCCAGUGUGGCCACCUGGUGGGCGACACCAUCGUUCAGGGUAGUGCCACCUCCCACAUGGUGCCCGCGGGGCAAGCUGAUGCCCUGUCAGAGAGCGUGAAGGCGUGCGGGGCUGAAGCUCUGGCUCUGCUGGGUCAGAUGAAGCAGCAGAGCAGCCUGUCUGCAGCUGACAACGGCAAGCUGAGGGCGGCUCUGGAGGCCAUCCUGGCCACUGCAGAGGAACUGCGUCCUCGGGGUUUGGAGCUACAGCAGGGGGAGCUGGGAGAUCUAGUGGAGCAGGAAAUGGCUGCCACUUCCGCUGCUGUGGAGUCGGCGGCUGCCAGAAUAGAGGAAAUGCUCAACAAUUCUCGAGCGGUCGAUACAGGAAUCAAGAUGGAAGUCAAUGAGAGGAUUUUGGCCUCCUGCACAGAGCUGAUGCAGGCGAUCAAGGAGCUUAUUUUGUCUUCCAAAAAUCUGCAAAAGGACAUCGUGGAGAGUGGCAGGGGGGCAGCCUCCAUGAAGGAAUUUUAUGCCAAGAACUCCCGCUGGACUGAGGGCCUGAUCUCUGCCUCCAAAGCAGUGGGAUGGGGCGCCACGGUCAUGGUGGAUGCUGCUGAUCUGGUGGUGCAGGGCAAAGGGAAGUUUGAGGAGUUGAUGGUGUGUUCACAUGAAAUAGCUGCCAGCACAGCACAGCUAGUGGCUGCCUCUAAGGUGAAAGCAGACAAGGACAGCGGCAACCUGCACCGCCUGCAGAAGGCAUCCCGGGGCGUCACACAGGCCACCGCGGCGGUCGUGGCCUCCACCAAGUCUGGGAAGUCCCAGAUUGAAGAGAAAGAUACAAUGGACUUCUCCAGCAUGACUCUCACCCAGAUCAAACGACAAGAGAUGGACGCACAAGUCCUGGUUCUGGAGCUGGAGACUCGUCUGCAGAGGGAGCGCGAGCGUCUCGGCGAGCUGAGGAAGAAACAUUACGAGCUGGCCGGAGUAGCGGAAGGCUGGGGCGAGCAAGAAGAGGGUUGAGACCUGCCAGCGCUGUCGUCCCCCUCCUACGCCACAAGACCGGCUUCUGCCUGCCUCUUUCUAUUUAUACACUUUUCACCCUCUUUCUUCCUUGUGUUCUUCUCUCUCUCUCUUUUCUUUGUUUGUCAUCGAAGCCAAAUUAAAAGGUGCUUCUUUUUCUAAACCUGCUUCUCCACCCAUGUCCAAGGGUUCAGCGACGGGGGGGGAGGAACCAAUAGAUGUGAGGAGUGGGAGGUUUGCCAUGCCUCUCCUCCAGGACUGUGUUGGAUGAAACGCUGUCAAAGUGAAGUGGAUCUGUUCUACGGAGUAUUUAUUAUCUUUUUCUUGCCCGUUUUUUUUAAUAACGGCACUCCGUCGAGGAGUCACAAUGGAGACGCAAAGAGCACAAGUUCAACUCAAGACAUCCCAGGAUGCACUGCACUAGGGCCAAACUCUCAGCAGUAAUAAGAAGGACUGUUCUUGCCCCUCCCCAUUCCCCAAAUCAUGUCUCUGUGUAACAUAGAUGGCCUGCUCUCCUCCUAAAACAAGUGUUGUGAGCUUGAAAGGCCGUCUAUCUGUCUUAAUCUUCCUCCCCAGUUUCUUCCUAUUCUUUCCUCACUGUGAGUUAUCACCUGAUCAAGUCCACACCGCUUCACUGCCUGGUUCACUGGACCUUCUGCCUUUCACCUCUCUACCAUUAACGACCGUGACUGUUUACUCGAGCCGACCCUAUUUUUUUUUUUUUUUUUUUCUUCGCUUGCAUGGAAACUCUUAAAUGUGCUCCAAAAUCAGGAGUACUUUCAGAAAAAGAAAAGGAAAGUUUUUUUUUCUCUCAACAGUCGUCUCCCUGUGAGCUUUGAGACUGCCGACUCCCUCGUGCUACAUCGUCGGCGGUAGCGGUGCAUCGUGGGAAGGACUGAUGAGAGAGAAAGUCGUUGCUCAAACUCUAAAGACGUGGGGUCGUUUUUCUCAUUUCCCCUUUUUUAUAUUGGUUAAAGGAGGUAGAGGGAGGCAAACUUCCUUUUUAUAUACAAGAAAAAAGCAACAGCAGUUAAAGCAACAGUUGUUAAAGAAAGUUGAAGACCCUUAUUGGUGCAUACAGACAUCGGUCACCUCAACAGAUCUGUCACAGAAGCAGCAGCUGUGCAGGUGCAGCCGGGCUCCUGUAACAUAAUGGACUGUUAACCGCGUCGUCUUCUGGUAGACGGCCAUCCAAGUCGUUCGCUCGAUUACUUCCUGGAGGACUUCUGCUGAGGGUUUUUCAGAAGAAAGGACUGCCCCCUCUCGGACAGAGAAAAAUCUGCAGUAGCAACAAAAGGAAAUCCUAAAAAAGUUUGAAAUUCUGACUCGGACGUCGGGACACUUACACAAUUAUUCAUGAAAUGUUGUAUCUGGUUUAUCAACAUGAUCCUGCCUCUUCACAUACCCUGCAGGACUGCAGUUUUAAACAUCCUUCAUGAACUUAACAGUCUGCCUGGACCACAAUGGACUCUGAAGUGUUUUCAAUAGCUUCCUAAAGACCAAGUAGCUGUGUAUAUAAACUACAAGCCUUCUUUUGUUGGAAAUAAUCUUUUGCUUUCGUUUAAUCUAAAAAGCAUUCAAUAGCAUUAUUACUAUUUUUUUUUUGCAUCUCUCCAAGUAAGGAUUCAGUUUAAUUGAAUUAGGAAUGGUGCACUCGCUAGCCACAGGAGAGAGAUGUUGUUAUUUAACAGAAGUUCCUACUGAGACUGAUGGACUGACUUUGAACUUGUUGCCAGUGGACUCUGUGAGCAGACUGAUCAUGCCUUUGUGCAAACCAUGAGAGGAGUAGGCAUCCGUUUGAUUUCUUCUUCCUGUUUGAUGGCGACCAUGAUGAUUCCCUUUGUCUCUCUCUCUCUGUGUCUUAACAUACUUUGUUUUGACGCUCUGCUCCAGCUGUGUAUCUAAAAAAAACAAAAAAAGAGGUUGUGACACUGGUUUAUUUAACAGACGCUGGUCAAAUGGUAUUUGCCAAUAAUUCUUAAAAACUAGUUUUAAACCACUUGCAGAAGCAGAUGGGUGCUUUAAAAGAGAGAACAGUGUUUUAUUAGUCAGACUUUGAAAUCAUUUUCGCACCCAUCUGCUGCCCCAAGAAGGUUAAACAAACGGCAAUUAUUAAUUGCAUUACUGUUGGGUCCGGGUGUCUCUGUACUUAAUCAUGAUUUUAGAUGUGUUCUGUCACUUCUUCCACACCUGGGUAGCUGUUUUCAUUAGAAAUUGGAAUGUAAAACAUAAAAGACACAUUUCAUACGGUAUUUCAAGUGUCUAGAAAGAUGAUUUGAAUGCACCUUGAGGGUUGUUUGGUUGUAUUUUUGCCCAAAUAUUCUUAAUUAAUCUCUCUCUCUCUCUCUCUCUCUCUCUCUCUCUCUCUCUCUCUCUCUCGCCAGCCUUUCAAACUGCCUCACACUGUAGUCAAAGAGAAACAAACACUCACAUAGCAACAUUGAAAUAUGUCUUUGUAUGAUAUACUAAAACUAUGUUGGUGGGUUUGUUUUUAUUUUUUCAGUUUUUAAUUAAAAUAAAUAUUUCAACUCAAUAAUACAGACCCAGAUACGACUGUGGUUCUUAUGGUGUCGGACGAGUCGGCUACAGUCUGCUAUCAUGAAAUGUAAUUAGUGAAGAGGAAACGAGUUACGUCAGCUAGUUGAGGGCACCGUUGUGUCUCUGCCCGUUCACCUGAUGUGUUCUGUUUUUCCUCUACACGGUGUUAUUCUUGGAAAAGCUGGAUGUUACAUAAUCGCUGAUUACUGUUUUUUAAUUAAUAGACCUUGCAUUUCAGCUUUUUUUCACAGGAGAUAAUAUGUACGUUUAUGUGAUGAAUGCAAAUGUUUUUAGUGCAGAUAUAAUAAGAUGCUUGUUUGCGUGUGCCUGAGCAAGAGAAGUGGCUCGAUAACUCUUUUAACCUUACAUCAGAGCAGAGCUAAAAUCCUAAUGCACCUAAUUGAUUUUUUGGGCGGGUAAGAUUCUUUUCCAGUAAAAGCAUUGACUCAUGCGGUUCAAAGUGCUCGCAUUGUUGCCAUUCAAUUUCCAAAAAAGAUAUUGUCCAAUUAGAGACGGGGAAAAAUUUACUUUGCAGAAAGUCGUGCUUUAACUCCAACCUGCCUGCUCGUCCAGCAGUACAUGUUUACGACAGAAAAUAUCCCCCAAAGCAGACAUGUUGGAGGCAAGGAGCAAAUAAAUCAGCCUAAUCUGAAACCACUGUGCUGAGAUUACAGAAAUCCCUAAUCUGGGCUGCUCCAGGAUCAACCACAUCUUCUGAUAAGAGUCUUAUUCCCUCGUAUCUGCAGUGCGAGACUGCAGUUUUUAACAGGAAACAGAAAACUCAAGAAGAUAUAUUUAGAACAUUGUUUUGUAUUUUGGCACACUUUGAUCCAUCAAUAACUUCAGACAAGUCCUGCAGGACUUCAUGGCAGUUAACGAGCCACACCUGCUGUCAGGUACAGGCAGACCAGGUGUGCCUCGUUAACCCCUAGCGAGGGCCAUAAACGUGCAAAACGGCAAAAAUUUAGAAAGUCCAGUGAGGUAACAGCGUUUCAACAACAAGGCGGAACUGUUGCUGCAGAGAUUCAGGUAGUUAAUUACAGUGAUGUGUGAUUUUGGAGGAUUAAUGAAAUGUUCCUUCCCUUAUCUAGAGGCUCUCUGGCAGUUGGCAGGUGAGUGCAAUUAACGUAUAUUAACUUCCUGGUUUGAUAGAAUGUAGAAGUAGGUUUGGUCUGUUUAGAUAAUGUCCAAUUUCAACACAAAAGGCACACGGGUGUUUUCAAUCGGUUUGUUCGACGUCAUCAGUCGUUUGAGAUUCGCUAGGAUUUAUUGAACUAAUAUAAAUGAUUAAAGGUUCUAUGAAUGAUAUUCGGAGCAUUACUAUAGUAGCAAACAAGUAUUUGCUGUGUAAAGAUAUAAUGUGGAGUAAUGUCUAUAUACCUGACAGAAUGAAGUUGCUUCAUACAAAUUAAAAAUAAAUAUAAAACCUUUUCCUUUAGCCUUCAAUUGGAUUGUAAAAAAAAAAGAAGUACGUUACCAAUGAGUUAAUGAGAUUGAUAAUUAUUUAAAAUGUAUUACAACUUCGAAUUUCACAAGCAAUAAUUUAAUACUUUGUCAUCCCUAUUUCCCUAACCUAUUCAUGAGGAAUUCUUUCUGAACUCAAAGCGACACUUGGCUGAGAAAAUUGGGAAAUGACGAGCGAAGCACAACAGACAAAAUACAGUAUACAUGUGACUAUUACUGUAGUUUAAAAAAAGCCUUUCACCUUCUCAUUGUCUGCUUUACAUCAUUGUUCAAAUUCAUAAAUUGAGCCAGCCAAAUCUGAAUGGCUUGAAUCACAUGUUGGCAGCAGAGCAACACACAAAAAACUGACCGGGUUGUUUCACAGUUUGUGGGUUGGCUUUGACUUCAGAUACAUUUCUGCACGAGCACUGAAAAAUAACUUUUUUUUUAUAUAUAAUAUGUCCCCUUUUUAAAGUUACAAUCUUGAAGAUCUCCGUUUUAUUCCCUAUGGCCAUAAGCGGUGACUGCAGAUGUGUUCUUCGGUCUCACUUCCCAGAGAGUGCUGAUCGUGAUUUAAUUUUCUGGGAAUGUCUCCAAAAUGUGUAAUACUGCAAAUGCAGGAGUUUAGUGGGCCAUAGGCUCAAUCACCUUUUUGUGGUCCCUCAUCUGUUGAUGGAUAGUGGUUUACCACACAUGUAAAUUAAAAUCUGUGAGAUUAUUACUUUAAAACUAGUGAACGUUGUUUUUUUCAGUACAAAUAUUGGUCUAAUUCUCCCGCCUGAAGGAUUUGCCCUAAUCUUCAGUUUCUCUAUCACUUCAUGUCCACAGUGAGCAGGCUGCCUCUGCUCUUCGUUGCAUGUAGUACAGUAUAUGCAGUGGUGUUGUUUUGCUCUGUGCUGUUGUUUUGCCACAUGGGUAAUGUAGUGGGUGGUGCCUGUGAACGGCUGAGCUGAGCUAUUUAUAGUCUCUGCAGUCCUGAGCUCAGCAGCCUUACAGCAGGUCUCCUGGCAGCUGCAGCAGAAUCUGCGUUCGUCUCCCCUCUGCUCUCCAACAGCAGCAGAGUCCAGCAGGGACCCACCAGCCUCACACACAUCUGCAGGUUCACUGACAGGUGCGGGCUGGUUGUUCAGUCAGUCGUGUGGACAGAUAUAAACCUAUAGUCCGGCUGCAUACGAGGUUCAUUUUGAACCUGUGUUAACUUUUUGUUCUUUGUGCUGAAACAUCAUAUAGAAGGGCUGCGAAACAUUGUGUGAUCCAAAACAUUUUAAUUUGUUGUUGAAUCAAUAUCUGACAUAUGACGAUCUAAAAUUAGGCUUACGGGAAACGACCUACAAAAUGUUUCCCAAAAUUAGUUUUUACUCUACUUCCUUAUUUUCUCUUUGAAGGUUCAUAUUUGUUAAUUUAUUUCAUUCAUGAGUUUUGUUAAUUCUUCAUUUCAAGGCCAUCAUGUAUCCCAGGUUUCAUUUUAUUGAUCUCUGCAGACCAAAAUAUAAUUAAAGGGCAAAUAAAUCUCCAUCCUGUCAAGUCCUCUCUGUUCGAAUCUCUGUAAAAAUUAUAUUUCUGUCAGAAGUGAAAACUAAUCUGUAAUUGCAUUCAGACAAUUUCAAUCUGUUUCCAUUGAACAUGUACUUGUUUUCCAAGACAUUUCCAGGAAUUAGUAUCUGUAUUUUGAAUCAAGAAAAGAAAAUGUUUUUUUUUCUGGAAUCAAGAAAAAUGAAACUUUACUUUACAAACUACUUUAAACAAGAAAAUAAAUGGA